GAAGAUCGAAAUUCUGACCUGUGUCUGUUCACUCUAUGCUACGCAUCUGUCUCUUACCUGAGCUCCACUCGUUUGAAAAAAGAAAAAGACCUUUACCUAUCUCUCUCUUCUCACCGACUGUAACUGUUGGUGAGCGCCGGGCGAAGGAGAAGUUAGCCGAACCCUAAGCUUUAAUCUUCGCUUGAAAAUCUAUCUGAGUUCCUAAAGGUCCCAAAAGAUCAGUUUUAACUGUCUUAGAUCCUUGAUCUAGUGUCCCUCUCUUCAUAGAUAUUGUAACUGUCAGCACAUUGUUGAGACGACCGAGAAGAAACAGAAAAAGGAAACCCUAGAAACCUUGAAGACCCAGUUUGUUUUCUUUCAAAUACUAAACCAGCUGAAAAAACCCAUAAUUUCUUGGGGUUGAGUUUUCAAAUUCUCCCCCAAUCCCCCCACCCCCACGGCGGAAAAACCCAUAUUUUUCGUUUUGGUCGUAGCAAAACAAACGUCUCUCGCACCUUCGUUUUCUCUUUCUCUCUCCCCUGUUUCCCUGUUUCCAGUGAAGAGGGACGAAGCAAACAUAAAGCAUAAAAUUUCCUCCAAGAAAAUGAAAAACCACAAAGCACCCGUCAUUAUCUUCUUCAUUCUGGCAAAUGUAGCUGCUACAGUGACUUCGAAGUCCACAAUCGAGCCAUGCUCGAACUCCGAUUCCUGCAACGCCAUGCUCGGCUACACUCUCUACACGGACCUCAAAGUCUCGGAGGUAGCCUCCCUCUUCCAGGUGGACCCAAUCGCCAUCCUCACCGCAAAUGCCAUCGACAUUUCUUACCCCGAUGUCGAAAACCACAUCCUUCCGUCUCAGCUCUUCCUAAAGGUUCCUGUCAAUUGCUCCUGCGUGGACGGUAUUCGCAAAUCCGUCUCGACCCGCUACAAGACCCGCCCAUCGGAUACUCUUUCAACUAUAGCAGAUUAUGUUUACUCGGGUUUGGUCUCAGCGGACCAGAUCAGAGAGGCCAAUUCUAUUUCGGACCCUUCUGUUCUUGACGUGGGGCAGAUUCUCUUGGUGCCUCUGCCCUGUACUUGCUUCAACGGGACUGAUAAUUCUUUGCCGGCGAUUUAUAUGUCUUACGUGGUUCAACCUAUGGAUACCUUGGCGGGAAUCGCUGCCAGGUAUACGACUACGCUUACGGAUUUGAUGAAUGUCAAUGCCAUGGGGAGUACUGCUAUUAAGGCCGGGGACAUUCUUGCUGUUCCGUUGUCAGCUUGUGCUUCUAGCUUUCCAAGAUAUGCCUCUGAUUUUGGACUGAUUGUACCAAAUGGGAGCUAUGCUAUAACUGCAAGCCACUGUGUGCAAUGUAGUUGUGGGCCUGGAAACCGAAACUUGUACUGCACGCCUGCUUCUUUGGCAGUUUCUUGUUCAAGCAUGCAGUGUAAAAACAGUAACCUCAUGGUUGGGAAUGUUACGGUGCAGCAGACGAGUGCUGGAUGCAAUGUUACUACUUGCAGUUAUGAUGGUUUUGUUAAUGGCUCCAUAGCGACCAUGUUGUCUACAUCUCUUCAACCUCGAUGCCCAGGACCUCAGCAGUUUCCUCCACUCGUAGCUCCACCUACGACAGUAAGCAGGGACUCAACAUAUGCACCGGCACCUGCGCCUGAGUCAGCUGGUGCUGGGACGACGCUGCCACACCCAUCAGUAGUCCCAGGAGGUAGGUCGUUUCCUGGACUUGGCCCAGCGGCCAAUAGCCCUAUAGGGAGUCUUUCCGAUGCUUGCUCAUUGAUUAAUUCAUUGGCCACUUUACCGGGUGCACUUGCCUUGUAUUUCUUUGUCGAAUUUAUGAUGUCCCGCAACUUGUAGUUCUGUGCUUGCAACCGUUGUGAGUAAGAUGGUGGGGGGUUCUGUUAUUUAUGCAUUGUCGCUUGGUUUUGAUCAGUCUCAGAGGUGUAUUGUAUGUAAUCUUUUAUAUUUUUUACAAUCUUAAACUGAUGCGGCCAAUUUCUUGUACUUUUUAAUGGAAUCUUAUUUUGCUUCACCCA